AAAAUUUCUUUAUCAAAAUUUUGGAACAUUUAAAACAGUUUAAGGAUGCUUUCACUAGUGAAUUAUGGAGCAAGUGAUAGCGAAGAUGACAUUACAGAUGAAGACGAAGCCAUUAUUGCACCAAAAGUCCAUCAAAAUGGUAAAGAUAAAGAAAUAGAUAAUUCACAAGAUACAGAAGACCUUAAUGAUGCAAUGGAAUCAACAUCAAUCAUUAAUUUACCUCAACCGAUCAAUCAGACUAGAUCUAAUCAAAUAAUCGAGGAGGAUGACGAUGAAUUUUUACAUAAAAAAGAAGUACCAGAAAUGGCACCACCUAAAGUCAAACAGAAAGUCAAGAUUACAAUUCCAAAAUUGUCAGACUUUAAAGACGAAGAAGAUGACAAGGAUUCAGGACUGAAAUAUCCAACAGCAUCAAAUAGAAAAACAGGAUUACUUAAUAUGCUCCCUAAACCCGCACAUGGCUUUUAUAAACCAUCAAUUCCAGCUCCAUCAAAACCACAGGCUGUACAAAAGAAUAUCCAACAAGAAAUCAAGCCUCAAACAUUAAUAGACAGUUCAUCAAACUUACAAGACAGUAAAAAGAAAAUUGGAUUUAUUCCGUAUGCUCUUAUGGAUCAUAAAAAGACCACAGAUGAUAAUAAAAAAUCAAGUAAGAGAAAAACAGAAGACAGUGACGAUAGUGAUGAGGAUGCAGGAAAUUCAUUCUUUUCAUUCAACUCAAAAGAUGAAGAUCUUCCGAAAGUUAGUGAAGCUGAAAUUAAGGCCAUGAUUAAUAAGGAAACAAAUCGAAUAGAAGAAAGGAAAAAACAGGCAGAACAAUCAGAAGAAAUGGAGUUUGAGAAUCAAGAUUAUUCGCAACAAUAUCAUCAAGAACAACAGCAGCAGUUGAGUAUUGAUGAAGAGGCAAUGAAGGCACUUGUCGGUGGAUCAAAAGCAAAACGGUCUAAAUUAAGUGACAUCCAGAUUGUAGACAUAUCAGAUCAAGAUGUAUUGCCUGACAAAGAAGAAUGGACGAGAAAGAAUUUAGCAGGAGAAACGAGUUUCUUGGCUACAGGAAAGAUUGAUGAGAAAGGACCAUCAGCACUUGCAAAGAGAAAACAUCAAAUUUCCUAUUUAUCGAUGCGUGCCGAGAAAAAUAUGGCAGAGCUUGAGGCAAUGUGGGCUGCAAAUCGUCAGAGUAAUCGUGAGGGCAGGAGUAAAUAUGGAUUUUAGGCAUGCUGCACAUUGCUAUUAAUAUAUGAUUUAAGAGGUAGAGACUCAAUUCCAAUUUUAAUAAAUAAUUGUUCAUAAAUUUCAAGAAUGAUAGUUGGAA